AUGAGCUCUAGUGCCAAUGCCGCAUCGCUGGAGGCCAAACACUGUCGUGUAGAUAUUUCUGAUAAGAUGGCGUCGUACUAUACUAGACUUAGAAAAACCCUAAAAUGGUACCGCAAGCUAAUCAUUGAGAUUGUCUAUGGCACAAUAUUCAUUCAAAAAUUUGCAGCAGGAAAAAAAGUAGGCAAAUUAGAAUUUCGGGACCAAUUAAUAAAAGAGAUGAUUAGCAACCCGGCACCCGGCACUAAUAAUCAACUCGAUGACGCUGCAGAGGAGGGUAGGACAAAGAAAGCCAAAACACAAGUUAGAGAAAACGAAAAGAAAGCUCGGAGAUACCCGAAAGAGAUGCAGACCUUGUUACGACCAAUUUACAACAACCGAAUCUGCAAGUAUGGGUAG